AUGGAGUCGAAGAAAUUUAUAGUAGAGGUUGAACCGGCCAUAGAGGAGAAAGAUGGAAAGCCAUCAAUGGGACCUGUUUACCGUAGUGUGUUCGCUAAAGACGGCUUUCCACCUCCGAUAGAUGAUUUAAAUUCCUGUUGGGAUAUUUUCCGCUUGUCAGUGGAGAAAUAUCCAGAUAACAAAAUGCUUGGGACCCGUGAAUUUGUGGAUGGAAAGCAUGGGAAGUAUGUGUGGUUGACGUACAAACAAGUAUAUAACAAAGUGAUACUGGUUGGAAAUUCUAUCCGUGCUUGUGGAGUUGAGCCAGGAGGAAAGUGUGGUAUCUAUGGUGUCAAUUGCCCUGAAUGGAUUAUGAGCAUGGAGGCAUGUAAUGCUCAUGGCUUAUACUGUGUGCCAUUAUAUGAUACCUUAGGUGCUGAUGCAGUAGAAUUCAUCAUAUGCCAUGCCGAGGUUACAAUUGCUUUUGUAGAAGAAAAAAAGAUCCCUGAGGUACUAAAAGCAUUUCCGAAAGCUGGAGAAUAUCUGAAAACUAUUGUGAGCUUCGGAAAAGUUACUCCUGAGCAAAGGGAACAAUUCAACAAAUUUGGUUUGACAAUACAUUCAUGGGAUGAGUUCUUGUCUUUGGGCAACAACAAACAGUUUGAUCUGCCAGUGAAGAACAAAUCUGACAUCUGUACGAUCAUGUACACGAGUGGAACGACUGGUGAUCCUAAGGGUGUUCUGAUUUCCAAUAACAACAUUGUUACACUAAUAUCUGGUGUCCAGCGUCUGCUAGAGUGUGCUAAUGAGUCAUUGACUACGUAUGAUGUAUAUCUCUCAUUUCUACCUCUAGCACAUAUAUUUGAUCGGGUGAUUGAAGAAUGUUUUAUAAAUCAUGGGGCUUCAAUAGGAUUUUGGCGAGGGGAUGUCAAAUUACUGAUUGAAGACAUUGGGGUGCUGAAACCUACUAUUUUCUGCGCUGUUCCGCGGGUCUUGGAUAGAAUUUAUUCAGGUUUGCAACAGAAGAUUUCUUCUGGUAGCUAUUUCAAACAUAAAUUGUUUGAUAUAGCCUAUUCAUAUAAGUUGCAUCAUAUGAAGGGUGGGAGUAAACAUUCAGAGGCAUCUCUAUUAAGUGACAGACUUGUUUUCAGUAAGGUUAAGCAGGGGCUAGGUGGAAGAGUACGCAUUAUUCUAUCAGGGGCUGCCCCACUUGCUCCACAUGUAGAAAGUUUUCUGAAAGUGGUUGCAUGCAGUCACGUCCUUCAAGGAUAUGGUCUGACUGAAACUUGUGCGGGAUCAUUUGUUUCGCUGCCAAAUGAAAUGAGUAUGGUGGGUACAGUUGGACCUCCAGUACCAAAUUUGGAUGCUCGUUUGGAGUCUGUCCCUGAAAUGAAUUAUGAUGCUCUUUCAAGCAUGCCACGUGGAGAAAUAUGCAUUAGGGGGGGUACUGUGUUUUCAGGGUAUCACAAGCGUGAGGACCUUACAAAAGAGGUCUUGGUUAAUGGCUGGUUCCAUACAGGUGAUAUUGGUGAGUGGCAACCAGAUGGAAGCAUGAAAGUUAUCGACCGCAAGAAAAACAUAUUUAAGCUCUCACAAGGAGAAUAUGUAGCAGUUGAAAACUUGGAAAAUAUUUAUGGACUUGUUCCUGCCGUCGAUGAAAUAUGGAUAUACGGAAAUAGCUUUGAGUCUUGUCUGGUUGCUGUGGUACACCCAAAUAAGCACGCAAUUGAAAGCUGGGCGCAUGCAUAUGAUAUAUCUGGAGAUUUUGCUUCUUUGUGUGAAAAUCCCAAGGCUAAAGACUACAUACUUGGAGAGCUAAAUAGGAUCGGAAAAGAGAAAAAGCUAAAAGGGUUUGAGUUCAUUAAAGCGAUGCACCUCGACCCUGUACCUUUUGACAUCGAUCGGGACCUUGUCACGCCGACAUUGAAGAAGAAAAGGCCCCAGUUGCUCAAAUAUUACCAGAGUAGAAUUGAUGAUAUGUACAAGAGUAUUAAGAAGUGAAGGCCUUCUUUCCUCGCAUUCAAAUAACACCUCCAUUUCUUUGUUUUUGCAAAUUCUUUUGGUCAUUAUGUUUUCGCAUUAGAUCCUUCCCACACACGUUUUAGUUAGUGGAUUAUAAUUUCUUUGUCAGAAAAAGAACGGUGUUAGAAUUUUCAGAAUCGAAGUUGUAAUCAACAUUUUUACAAGUUUAUCUUUAUUAGAAUAAGUAGUUGUGGAU